CAGAGCCAGGAUGAUGUGCGAGGUGAUGCCCACGAUCAGCGAGGACACGGCGCUGAGUCAGCGCGGCUCUCAGAGCAGCGCCUCGGACCCGGACUCCCACUUCGAGCAGCUGAUGGUCAACAUGCUGGACGAGCGGGACCGGCUCCUGGACACGCUGCGGGAAACCCAGGAGAGCCUGGGACUGGCUCAGCAGCACCUUCAGGAUGUUAUCUACGACCGGGACUCGCUGCAGCGACAGCUCAGCUCCGCCCUGCCACAGGAGUUUGCUGCACUGACCAAGGAGCUGAACGCCUGCAGGGAGCAGCUGCUGGAGAAGGAGGAGGAGAUCUCGGAACUCAAAGCUGAACGGAACAACACCAGGUUACUUCUGGAGCACCUGGAAUGCCUGGUGUCCAGACACGAGCGGUCCCUUCGGAUGACGGUGGUCAAGCGACAGGCUCAGUCUCCCUCAGGGGUCUCCAGUGAGGUUGAAGUCCUCAAAGCUCUCAAGUCCUUGUUUGAGCACCACAAAGCACUUGAUGAGAAGGUAAGGGAGAGGCUACGAGUGUCGCUGGAGAGGGUGUCUGCCUUGGAGGAGGAGCUCACAGCAGCCAAUCAGGAGAUUGUUGCCUUACGGGAGCAAAAUGCUCACCUUCAGAGAAAAGUUGCAUCUGGAGAAGGAGGAGAGGACAUCCUGGACAGCAGUGAAACACAGAAAAUCCACGGCAAGGUCAUGUGCCAGAAGGAGGACAUGGAGGAACGGAUCGUCACGCUAGAGAAACGCUACCUGAGCGCUCAGAGGGAGGCCACAUCCGUACACGACAUCAACGACAAACUGGAGAACGAGUUGGCCAAUAAGGAAGCUUUCCUCAGACAGAUGGAAGAGAAGAACAGGCAGCUGCAGGAGAGGCUGGAGCUCGCGGAGCAGAAGCUCCAGCAGACCAUGAGGAAGGCUGAGACUCUGCCUGAGGUGGAAGCAGAACUGGCCCAGAGGAUAGCGSCCCUCACCAAGGCGGAAGAGCGUCACGGGAGCAUUGAGGAGCGAAUGAGGCACUUGGAAUGCCAGCUGGAGGAGAAAAACCAGGAACUGCUCAGGGCUCGACAAAGAGAAAAGAUGAAUGAAGAGCACAAUAAGCGCCUCUCAGACACAGUGGACAGACUCCUGACUGAGUCCAACGAGCGUCUGCAGCUCCACCUGAAGGAGAGGAUGGCAGCUCUAGAAGAGAAGAACAUGUUAAUACAAGACUCGGACGGCUACAGGAAACAGUACGAAGAGUCGCUCCAAGAGAAAUCGCAGCUGGCAGAGGAGAUUGAGAAACUGAGAUCGGAGCUCGACCAGUACAGAUUGAGGGCAGGCUCCCUCACUGAACCCACUCUUUCACGGUCUCACCUGGACACGUCGGGCGAGCUUCGAUUCUCUCUGGGCUCUCUGGCUGAAACCCAGUCGGACCAUUACCGCUCAGCCAAAGUCAUCCGCCGGCCGAGGAGAGGUCGGAUGGGCCAGCGUGAAACGAAGGCGAAAUCUCUGGGGGAGCAAGAGUGGCGCUCUCAGCAGCUCGGGGUCCUGGGAGGUCACCARUUUGAGAGCGACACGGAGAUGUCUGACAUCGACGACGACGACAGGGAAACCUUGUUCAGCUCCAUGGACCUGCUCUCCCCCAGCGGCCACUCCGAUGCACAAACUCUGGCCAUGAUGCUGCAGGAGCAGCUGGACGCCAUCAACAAGGAGAUUCGGUUAAUACAGGAAGAGAAGGAGUCCACGGAGCUGCGAGCAGAGGAAAUUGAGAACCGGGUGGCCAGCGUUAGCCUGGAGGGUCUCAACCUGGCUCGUAUGCACCACCACGGUGCCUCCAUGACCGCCUCYGCCACCGCCUCCUCGUUGGCCUCGUCUUCUCCACCCAGCGGCCACUCCACCCCUAAACUGGACCCUCGGAGCCCCGCCCGCGACAUGGAGCGCAUGGGGGUGAUGACUCUGCCCAGUGAUCUGAGGAAACACAGGAGAAAGAUAGCAGCAGUGGACGAGGACGGCCGAGAGGACAAGGCCACCAUUAAGUGCGAGACAUCCCCCCCUCCAACGCCGCGCACCGUCCGAAUGACGCACACACUGCCAGCCUCCUCGCACAACGACGCGCGAGGGAUCGUGGCCUCGCUGGAGGCUGAAGCCAGUGCUUUAAGUAGCGUAGCCAGCAGCCAGGACUCCCUCCACAAGCAGCCGAAGAAGAAGGGGAUCAAAUCGUCCAUCGGUCGGCUGUUUGGCAAAAAAGAAAAGGGCCGACUCGCCCAUUUAGCACACAGACAGGUCAUGGUCGAUCCACAAGCCACAAUGAUGGACCAAGACUUGUCGGGCCAGGACAUGGGGGUCGGCAAGUUGGGAACUCAAGCUGAGAAGGAUCGCAGAUUAAAAAAGAACGGACACGAGCUUUUAGAGGAAGCCAGGAGGAAAGGGUUACCGUUCGCCCAAUGGGAUGGCCCUACAGUUGUAGCCUGGUUGGAGCUAUGGUUAGGAAUGCCAGCCUGGUACGUGGCAGCGUGCCGCGCCAACGUGAAGAGCGGCGCCAUCAUGUCGGCGCUCUCCGACACCGAGAUCCAGAGGGAGAUCGGCAUCAGUAACCCCCUGCACAGGCUCAAACUUCGCUUGGCCAUCCAGGAAAUGGUCUCCCUCACCAGCCCCUCAGCCCCGCCCACCACCAGAACCCCGUCAGGCAACGUAUGGGUGACCCAUGAGGAGAUGGAGACCCUGGCAGCUCCUUCCAAAACGAAGUCUGACUCUGAAGAGGGGAGCUGGGCACAGACUCUGGCGUAUGGGGACAUGAACCACGAGUGGAUUGGCAACGAAUGGCUGCCCAGUCUCGGACUACCUCAGUACCGCAGCUACUUCAUGGAGUGCCUGGUGGACGCCCGCAUGCUGGACCACCUCACCAAGAAGGACCUGAGGGUGCAUCUGAAAAUGGUGGACAGCUUCCACAGAACAAGUUUACAGUAUGGAAUCAUGUGUCUGAAGAAGCUAAACUACGACAGGAAAGAACUGGAAAGACGGAGAGAACAUAGCCAGCAUGAAAUAAGAGAUGUGCUGGUGUGGAGUAAUGAACGAGUCAUCCGCUGGGUGCAGAGUAUAGGCCUGAGGGACUACGCCAACAUCCUGCUGGAAAGCGGUGUGCAUGGAGCUCUGGUCGCCCUCGAUGACAACUURGACUACAGCAGCCUGGCCCUGCUCCUCCAGAUCCCCAACCAAAACACUCAGGCACGUCAGAUUCUGGAGCGAGAGUACAACAAUCUGCUGGCGCUGGGCACCGACAGGAGGCUGGAGGAGUGCGAUGACAAGGACUUCCGGGGUCCGUCCUGGCGGAGACAGUUCCCUCCCAGGGACGUCCACGGCAUCAGCAUGAUGCCUGGAUCAGCAGAAACUCUUCCCGCCGGGUUCCGUCUCACGGCGACGUCCGGUCACUCCAGAAGGCUCCCCCCCGAGGUCGGACCAUCUGCAGUGCAGCGACUGGACAGCUCCACGCUACAGUUCUGAAUGGAGACGCUGGACGGGCCCAUCUGCUGGGGAACAAAAACCAACCUGAUGACACGCACUGCCAAGAAGCUCUGCUUUCCUCCCUGUUAACGUGGGCACCAGGCGCCGGUGCUAAACUGUCCUGCAGGCUGCCUCGUUCUCACCUUUUACAUGUAAAGUAACUCAGAGCAUAAUGUACUGUGCAAUUCUUCUACAGGACAAUGUGUAGGCUAUCUGUAAAAUAAUAUAAAUAUGCCAUUUUUAUUAUAUACACAAACAUCUAUGUAUAAAAAAAAGAUAUUCAGAGUUUGUGCAAAAACAAAACAAAACAAAAAAUGUCCUUGCCACCUUAUUUAGUGGACCAUAGAAUAAUAUAUGCUGCUCUUUAAAGUCUCCAUAUUUCCUUGUUCCUCUGGAUCAUUUUGUACAUAUGGUUUUAUUUUUUCAUCGUGCUGAUGAUAAUUAUGACAAUGAAUCUGUGCUGAGGAAGAAACUCUGGCUGUUAUGUGAAAACCCUGCCCUCGGGUGGCUCCUUCUGCCACCCACAAUCUAACUUUUCUUACAAACUCGCCGUCAAAAAAAAAACAAACAAAAAAAAAAACGGAGGAGCGUUUUUUUUUUGGAGGAUCAACACUGGAACGAGACAAGCACUUUCAUACAACCGCAUCAACUCAGACUUUUAGUAGCCAAGGACGAAACGAGAGACAGUUCCUCUGAAGUUGCACACAACGUUUCUCUCAGAGCGUUACAGAAGCAGUACACCGUCUGUGGACCCCGUCACUUGUACUGUAUGUUUUUGUUAGGCGACACGUUAGCACAGCCGAGCUGGCCUUCUCCCCCCCACCUUUCAGACACCCAUGUUAGCAGAAGAAACUGGACGGACUGCUUUAGCUCAUUGUGUGUAGAGUGUAUAUGACCAUGUUGAAGUGAGGUGAUUUAAUGACAUAAAAAACCUGUUGCUUGCUGUGACUUAUAUUCAAUGUAAAAGUGAACUUUUUUGUUUCGUUUUGUUUCAGUUUUCAGGGUUACCUACAGUACAGCUCUGAUAUCUGUCUUACACUCCUUUUUUUUUCUUCUUCUUUUUUUACAUCUUCAAUUUGCACGAAAGAGGAAUCAUUUUGUUUCCAUUUUUUUAAUUUAUUACUUCUUGUACUUUGGUCAAAACAAAGUGGUGAGCAAACACGUUUUCAUUGUCAAUAAAAACUGUCAGUGAAUUUA